GAUGCAAAACUUUCCGUUUUUGGAAACUCACCACGUGUUUACGUUCGCCUGAAGCACCCACCAGCGUGUAACGGUUUGAUAUUCCUGUCUCUCCCCUUUUUCUCAACGGCUGCUUCAGCUUCGUUACUUCCAGAGGUUUGCUAGCGCUUGUGUGGGAUCUAAAUCGUCGUUAAUGUUGACGAGCAACGCAUAGAUGCCCCUUCGUACCCUUUUUUCCAAGAAAACCUCCUCGUCCUCACCCCCAUCUUACGGCCAAUCCUUUGCGACCAAGUCCCAGUCGUCCUUGCACCUCAACUCCUCAAUAACGCCGGAAUCGCCUAGUUCAGCCGAAUACGUCAAUGUCGCCGCCAACUUUCCAUCAUCGCCCAAUGGUAGAAGUUCCUUACAUCCGAACCAUGCCUACCAAUCAUAUCCCCCCACCUCGCCAAACAAAACCUCUCUGGUAUACCCUUCUAUAGCGAAUAGUUCGUCUUCAACGAAGUCAGCGCCGAGUAGCAGAUUGAGAUUGUUUGGGUGGAAGAAAGACCGGUCUGGACAGUCUAUGAAAUCUCCUGGAAAUGCUCAGGAUCUCUCGCCACCCGUCCUUCCACCAUUUUCACGUUUUUCGACCUCCGAAGCAGUUUCAGACUCUGAAAUUCCAACUCUAGCACCGCCGAAACUGGGACAAGUGCUUGCGUCGACUAGAUCGUUACCGGAUACCAGCACCGGAAGGCCUGAACUGAGGCUUCUCAAUACAUUUCCCGCCUCAAAGCCCUUGCUCGACGAUGUAGAUUUGACGCUGUCUCCCACCUCGACUACCACGAAUGGGUCAGACGGUGGGGAGAGGAGAACUGGGAAAGAUAAUCCGAAAAAGAAGACAUCUCUAUUUUCAUGGACGAAAUCAGAGUCAAAAGCCAGCAGCGAACAACUGAAGAAGGCCAACAUGAAAGGAAAAGGGAAAGAAUUCGACGCAGGAAACAACAACAGCUCGACGACAGAGGAAAGCUUCAAUCUCAAAUCGUUCCGCCACAUCCAACCCUCUCCCUCUCAUUCUGCCUCACCUAUCACAUCUCCUGGUACGAGCCCAAAGCCAACGUCAUCGUCUACUUCACCGUAUGGGAACUCUCAGUCACCCUACAUUACAUCACGCUCUUCUCAACACCUGACCGCCGAUGCUGGUUCUUCUACUUCGUUGAUUCCGCCACCGCCUCUCAAUCAUCCCACGGCUCGACCACGAAACUCUUCGACGGACUCUCAGACGCAAAGGAUUAGUGUAGCCGCGUUCCGGGAGGCUCAGGCUAGGCGGAGUAUGGCGGGAUCGCCUGUGUUUGAUGGGAGAGUAAGCCCAGGACCUUUACAGGGAAUGAAGUCGAAGAGUCAAGUGAACUUGGCGGGGAAGAGGGCUUCGCGAACGUUCACUAGUGAGGCGGAGAGCAGCGAGGAUGAGGAGUCUGAAGAAGACUCCGAUGAUGAGGGUGCUGGUUUGAGUAGAAAGCGGACGGUGACGAAUAAAACCCGCAUGGGUGCUAAGAGUGAAAGUGGACAUGUAGGAAGGAGUGAAAGCGAGCACAGAAAUGACAGAAGUGAGAGUCCUCAUGGGGUAUGGGGGAAGACAAAAAGUGAGCUUGGGCAUGGAUCUGGAUCGACGGGCGCUCCAUCUUUCCAACGAAUAAACCCUGCCGUUCCUCUGCUAUCUCAGGUGCAUCAAACAAGAGGAGGUGAGCUUUUUAUGAUAACUGCUUCUUACGCGGUCCUGCGCGAGUCAAAAAUCUUCUUCAAUCCCGUUUUCCUCCAUUGCUCACGUCGCACGCUGUCGCCCGUCGGUGGUUGACUGAUGUUUGACAUCAACGAUGGUGAUGGGUUCUUUCCCUUGAUACUCGUACCUGGAGUGUGCAAAUGUUCUCCUUCAACACAUUACAUUUCGAUACCGACACUAAUAAACGCGUUUCCUCCAGCAUCGUUAAGUUUAAAUGACUCUGACGACUCCGACGAAGACAAUGCACCACUUGCAACUUUACUUCCUCCCCGUCGACCUGGAAGCGCAUUAUCAUCGCGAUCAAAUUCGUCGUUAAACGGCGGUCGAGCACCACCCUCUUCGUUUACAUCUCCACUAAACGCGAGCCAACAAGAAGGAUCAAGAUCGAUGUCUGUAUACUCUACUUCUACUUCUACUCCUAACCCCCCCGCCUCUACAUCGAACUAUGCAACCUCUGUCAGCUCCCAAGGUUCCUCAACCAAUUCACGCCGUCCGGCACCGCUCAUCGACAUCAACAAAUUAACAGGGCCAAAUCGGACUCCCUUAUCGAGUGGUGUCGCUACCAAGGGCCCUGAGAAGAGUAAGGAAGGCUUCACAGAGGGCUAUACGUUACUUUCUGGAGUUAGUGGGGGACGCCCGAGAAGUCCUGAAAAGAAUCGACAGGCACAAGCACGGGCAAGUUCACCGACCAAGUCGAUUGUCAGUACAACUGCACCUGCGAAUAAGAAGUUUGUGUCACCUCCUAGUUCACCUGUGGGGAGUGUAUUCAGUCAUACACCGGGACCGAGGAGAGGUAUGCCAAAGAAGAAGGAGACGGGGAUGAGCGAUGUGUCGGCUAGUGGAAGUAGUGGGGGAGCGAAGAGGGAUGUGAUUUCGGAGAGGCUGAAGGGCGUUAUACAGGGUAAGAUGUUGGGGGAUGAUAGUGGAAGUCGGGUUUCAGUUUUCAACUCAGCCCCUGAUUCGAAGGCUCUUCCUAGUGUCCCUACAGGAUCGAGUCAACACCUGCGUGCUCCCGCUGUUCUUGAUGACAGCGACAGCGAUGAGGAUGAAGAAGAGGAGGAAGAGGAGGAAGAUGACGACGAGCGGUAUGGUACAACAGAAGGAACCAUCAAAGGGAAGCAGCCCUUGAGAGCGCCUCAGCUGCGACCCGUUGCAAACGCGACGCCGCGAGCGUUAACUGCCCCCGCAGCACCUCCGCGUUCUCGAUCUCCAGCACCAGAAACACAACCGCAGAGAACCUCACCAUCACCAUCGCCGUCCCCUCAACCACGAAGGCUCACGAAGUCACCUGUAUCCCAAAAUGAGCCUUCCUCGCCCGCAGCGGCAUCCACCUCGACUUCGACUUCGACUUCCCCUAAACCCGCUUCACAACCGUCCCAACCAUACAAGAGACCCCAGCCCGCAAACGUUCAACAACCCAAACAACCUCAAACACGUCGCGGGUCCGCAUCAAGCGUACUGGAUAUUGACCUUGCUUCCGUUCUCGGUGGUGGAAUCCGCCUCAUCAGUUUCGACAACAAAGAAUCCGAUAGUAUCGUGUUCCCACCUAGCCCCAGUGAUACUCUACCUCCGAUACCCAGUAUCGUCCCGGUAGAUAGACCUCCUCCGUCACCAAAUAGGAUAGCUCCAGUUGUGGUUAGAGAGAGGGAGAGGACACCGGCGUUCAGUGUUACGUCUCGCCCGAAGCACAAAGGGGGUUCUGCCAGUGUCAGUGGGGUUGUUACGUUGGGUAGUUCCACCACGGAGACGCAGAUGAAGGAGGAAGAGGAAAAGAAGGAUGUCGAGGGAGUUGCGACUGCUGUUGCUUCUACGUGGACUACUCGUGGUGCAGGUGAUGUGGAAUCCACGACUACAUCUACAACCAGUACAGCGAAUGCUUCAUCUACUUUAGGAAGGCCGAGAAGCGGAUCCUUGUCGUUAUUGUCUACUGUUCCGACUCUCACUACAAAUACGACUACAAACACGACUACAAUGACUACAACGACUCAGGUGUUGCAAAUCCCUCUGCCGCCGAGGUCUUCGUCUUUACAACCUCGUUCCACCGCUGAUUCGCCGACGUUGCUGUCGACCUCUCCGUCGUCUCAAAAAGCACCUUUGCCUGUUCAAGGCCAAAAGGAGAAGGAGAAAAGACGAGGUUUCGCAUUUGGGCUCCAAACUUCGAGGUCUUCAUCUGCACUUGGAUCUAAUGCUUCCGCUACAAGUGGCAGUAGUUCAUCUAGCGGAGGAGGAAGCAGCGGCGUUGAGAGUCGAACUGGUAGUGGUGAUGUGGUUGAUGGUGGUCCCAACAGACAAGGUCAAGUUCUGGGGAAGGAUAAACUACAAGCAAAUCUAGUGAAUAAACAUGCUCGACGGACAAGUGCUGGUGCAAUUAGCAUGGUCAGCGAGAUGACGAUGCGACCCCCCGCACGAGUGCAACCGUCACCGUCACCUUCACCUUCGAGUUCGUCCUCCCAGUUAUCGAGACAGCAGCAACUGCAGAGACCUCCGCCAAUGAAACCGUUUUCGGCGAUCCCUCCGAUGUCGCGGGGAAGUCCAGCUACGUCUUCUACAGGUGGUUCAAGUGGUCGGGCUCCUGUUACUCCCAGAGAUGGAAGUGAGCUCGGAAUACGGGGACUUGAUGACGUGAGUAAGAGAAAUGAACAUCGACCACAGAAGCAGAAGGAGUGGAGUGGAGGUGCAAGUGGUUUGGGAAUGGGACAUGGAAGGAAGAGGAGUGUGGCAUUUGAGGAGGAAGACGGUGAAGGCACUGUUAGCGGGAAGAGUGGCAAGGGGAGAGAGGUGGUUGAUGAGGAGAGCAAGCGCAAGGAAAGGAGGAGGGGUGAAGCGAAGGCUGCUAUCGAGCUGGGCAACGUUAUCAAUGGCCGCGGUCCUAUUGUAGAAGACGACGAUGAGGACCUGCCUAUCGGGCAAUUUUCUAACGUUAACAGCCGUAUGAACAUCAUGAACCCAACGUUGAUGCCUCCCAAUGGUGGUUUCCCUGCAACAUUUGGUUGGAAUCCCGCCAAUCCGGCUGCUGGUGCCUUCCCUCCGAAUGCCGGACAGAUGCAGCUCUCUCCUGCGCAGUUCAUGGUACCUCCGCCCGCGGAUCCAAGAUUCUUGUCUGCCCACCAGCAGGCCAUGAUGUACGCUAAACAGGCGUAUCAAAUGGCUGUGGCUCAACAAGCUAUGGCUGCUGCUGCGGACGAGUGGGAGAGGGGUUCAGCGGUUGGAUUUAGCAGUAGCCAGAGUAUGUAUGGCGGGUUUGGAGGAUCUACAGGUUCGGUGUAUGGCGGUCUUGGUGGUGGUAAUGGUUGGUCCACAGGGUCUGUGAUCUUCCCCCAAGUUGGUCCUAGAGUUCAAACAUACGGCAUGAGUGGUGCUAAAAGUGAUUAUGGUGGGGGAGGAGGAUGGGGUAACAACAGUGUGUAUGGGGAUUCGUCGUAUGGUCGUCAAGAGAGAAUGAGGACUCAGAGUACGGUAAAUCCUGGGAAUCGAACGAGCACCCACAACGGGCAGAGAGACUCCAUGGCUUUCAAUAUGCCCCCUCCGCCGAUUCCGCAGCAGAAGAGUGCUCCAGCACUUUCCAAAGGAGGCCCAGGAGGUAGAAAUCGGACACUCAGCCAACCCGCUAGUCCUCGAAGCACACGGCCUGGUAAAGCACCGCCCCCAUCGAGUUGGAAACCCGGAAUGUAACUUCGUUCCAUCUAUAUCUGAUCGCGUUCUUUUGGUGUGUCUCUUUUUUCACUUACAGUAAUUUAUGUCUUUUUCUCUGUUCUGAUUUGUGAUUCCAUAUUUGAUAUCCGUCUUUUGUACUAUCUCGCACUUCACAUUACUACGCAAGUUUAUUUUUCUUUAUCUCUCCAGUUCUCCUCUCGCAUGGACGAAGACUAUUUCAAGUGAGGGGGUGAAAACAAGGACGCACGAGGACUUGAUACCUUGAUACAUUACGUGUGGCGACUGCAAGAACAUCACCUUUUUUUCCUUAAUUUUUUUCUUAAACUUUUCCUGCCUCGUUCUGGAUAUCAUCAAUUCUUGAUCAAUAAUACUCUCCCUCCCAUAAUCAGUAGAACCACUUAAAGCCUGCCUUGAUCUGUACGCUGUAGAAC